UAAGCCAAUUUACAAAGAUAGGUCUUUAAUUUACUUUUAAAAAUUCCAAUUGAGGUUGCUGUUCUAAGAUCAAAUGGGAGCCGUUUGGGGCCAUAAAAACAGAAAGCAGCCUCCCCGGUUUUCUCAUGGUAAGGGUUUCCGGUUAAAUCUGACAACAACCGGGACACCGUAGAAUCAUAACAUCAGCUGCUGUGGCCAAGAUGGCGCGUAAUCCAGUGGAGUUGGAGGUUGCUCUGGACUCGGAUCCGGCCGGGGAUCAGGAGGAUAACGAGGUUUUGAGACGAUGCAGAGGAAGACCCAGACUCACGGACUCAGACCGGGCUCAGAGGCGCCUGGAGUCCCGGAAGAAGUACGAUAUCCGGCGGGUUUACCUGGGAGAGUCGCACAAGCUGUGGAGCGAAGUGAGGAGGAGAACCAGCCUGAGUGAUGCUGGGCUGGCAGAGUAUCUGAUCCUGCUCAACAACACUUAUGGAGAGAAGUACCAGCAGGAGUACUGCGGGAAGAAGAUUGCUCCAGAAGUCUCAAUAAAACAGAAAAAAGGCAGGAAGGACCGGGUGUCCAGCCUCCAGAGCCUGGUCAGCUGGUACCAGGAUCACUGCCGCUCCUGCCCUCACGAGCCCCAGCUCAGAGCCCUGGAGCCUCAGAUCAACUUCUCCACCGCCGCUAUCUGGCAGUGCGACUCCAACCACUCCUUUGUGCAAUACCUGUUCUCCCCACCGAGGGAGGCCAGUGACUCUGAACCUGAGGAGGAGGGAGUGAUGGAAGAGGAGGAGGAGGAAGAGAGGGCGGAAAAAACAGACGUGGUGGUGGCUAAAGAAGCUGUGAGCAGGAAGAUAAGAAAAGACGCUCACAAACAGUUUAAAGAUGUGAGAGAAAAUGUUUCUGAAGGACAACAGACACCCAUGAGCCCGAGAGAAGAGGCUGCAUCUGUAGACCAGCAGCCCAGAGAAGAGGCCUGCUGUGGGGAUGUUCCACUAACAGGACAGCCUGUGUGGGAGAUGGAGAUGGAGCAACAUCCAGGCUCCCCUGCUGAAGAGUUUCCAUCGGACGAGGAGGCCGAGGAUCUGAUGCAAGACGGAGAAGAAGAAGAAGACAUUAGGACGGUGCCUCACGGAUACGAGUGUGUAGAAGUGACGCAGUCUUUAAUGGAUAAACUGGAAAAGACGAGAGAAGACUCGUUGCUGUCUCAGAGCGGUUCAGUUGGAUCGGAGCUUUCUGUCCCGUCGAACAUCCCGGAGCAGAGCGAGAUGUUCGACCCUCACUCUCUGCAGACGGUGGUGAGCAGCUGUGAGAUCCCCGACCAGACGAACACUUUGGGAGGACCGCAGUUAAUCAUCAUCACCGGCCCCAGCUACGAGGCCCUGGCUUCAGAGGGCAUACAGCUGAAUAUGGGCGGAGGAAACGUGGAGGAGGUCACCUGCACCGUCAUCGGGGGGGUCAGCUACAACCAGGUGUGCUCGUCGGACUCAAAUCUCAGGGAGGAGGAGGAGGAAGAGGAGGAGGAGGAAGACUCCAUGACAGGUUUGAGUAACAAACAGCUGCUGCAGCCCGCUGAGGACUCUCUGGAUCUGAGCGGUGACCGAGAGCUGCAGCGGAGUCUGAGCAGCGUCAGGUCAAAGAGAAACAGGCGAGGCCCGGUCAUCGAGGCGGACGGGAUGCUGAAGAUGUUCCACUGUCCGUACGAAGGCUGCAGUCAAGUCUACGUAGCUAUCAGCAGCUUUCAGAAUCACGUGAACCUAGUCCACAGGAAAGGGAGGACCAAGGUUUGUCCUCAUCCAGGCUGCGGGAAAAAGUUUUACCUAUCGAAUCACCUGCAUCGACACAUGAUUAUCCACUCAGGAGUCAGAGAUUUUAUCUGCGAGACGUGCGGGAAAUCGUUUAAGCGUAAGAAUCACCUGGAGGUCCACAGGAGGACUCACACAGGAGAAACACCGCUACAAUGUGAAAUCUGUGGGUACCAGUGUCGUCAGCGAGCGUCUCUGAACUGGCACAUGAAGAAGCACACUUCAGAGGCUCACUACAACUUCACCUGCGAGUUCUGCGAGAAGAGGUUCGAGAAACUGGACAGUGUUAAAUUUCACAAACUAAAGAGCCACCCAGACAAACUGGCAACGUGAAGUGUUCAGAAACCUGAUGAUGGGACUUAAAAAUGUACAGAACGGCCGUCAAAAACCAAAGGAAGACUUCCAGGAAAGAGACUUUGCUUUGCUGGGUUUGUCUGGCCUCUCAUGUUCAGGAUAAUAUGAGUAUCCACUGUAAAACACACAAGAAGUGGAUAAAGUGGGCCUAACAGCUGUGCAGGACACAAGCUAAUUCAGAGUAGGCCUAUAGGGCCAAAACAGGGGUUCUGAACAUGUUUCGUACAUUAACAGCUCAAUCAUACUUUUAAAAUCAUUUUAUAAACCAUUACAAGACAAAAAUCAAGAGUACAAAUGUAAUAAAUGGCUGAUACAGGGUGUUUGAGGGCUCAGACAUCAGCUUCCAACUUUAGCAUGGUCAGCUAACUAGCUUACUACCUGAAAUAGUAAUCCAUUGUUACUUCUAAUAGCAGCUGUAUCUACUAUUAUUGUAAGUUGUUGUUAAAAAAAAAAUAGCCUGUUCACAGCUAGCACAUCCACAGUGCAGUAUUUCCCCACUGUGUGGGAGUCAGUCCAAGAUGCUACUGUAGCUAGACUAACGUUAGCUCCUUGACCUUGGUUCUUCUUGGUAGCUAACUUGUUAUGCCUGAAAGAGUUUUGUUAACUAAAUACAUUGGCUACUUCUCAUCCUAAAAGCCUUUUAUUUCAAUGGUCAAAGUAAAAUUUAAGAAAUAUUAGCUUAGCAGCUAACGCUUAAUAAUCAAUGUUCAACAAUAAUUAAAAUACUAGGACUUAAGAAUAGAAAAAUGCUGUUUCUUUAUUUUCUAUGUAAUAUUGCUAAAUAUUAUACUUUAACUGGUUUCUUAUUUUCAUAACGAGUCAGUUUAAAACAUGAAAUAGUCGAUUGAAGAUGGUGUUUCUUUAUCUAGCGGAUGUCGCUAACGUUAGCCUGAUUAGCUAACUAGCUAGCUAGCUAUAUCUGAUCAAAUCUUUCAGUGACAGCAAUAAUUUCCGCCGGUUUAAUUUUCUGUUGAUGGCUAGAAGUGGCUAGAAGUGGGAAUCAUCCUUUCUUUUACCUCUGAACGAAAUAUAGGCCUACAGGCCAUUGUUUUGAAAAAUGACAAUGAGUUGGGAUUUGGAUAUCAUUUUAUAUUUAUUAAUAAAAAAAUUGAAAUAUUUUUUGAAAGUGCUCUGAUUUGAAGAUUAAUACCUCCAAGAAAGAUUAUUGAUAACAUUUCAGUUGAAUGGAUUUUUUUUUUUAAUAUUCUUGAAAUUAAGGCUGUGAAAUUAAAUUAAUGAGGUUUGAGUGUUGCACUAGCUACUCGUACUGACAUGUGUAGGAUCUUCCAUUUUGGUCAAAAAUGUUGUUUUGUGAGCUAAAGGCAAAUACUUUGCCUUACAUUUUCCCUCUCAAUCUGUUUUCAUUGUCCCAUUGACAGUUCCUCAGGAAAACUCACCUCAGUCCUCUUUUGUCCUGCCUGUACUUUAGUUUCCAAAGCACUUUUUGUUAACUGAUGAAUCACUAAAAUGUGCCAAUAUGA